AUGUGUGACAAUACGACAGUGUCUAAUAGUUCGGUUCCAUCAAGUCCUCUCGCCCGCCACCCAACAACGGCGCUGCCUCUUUCCGACAAAAUCCCAACCUUCGUUAUAAAUGCAGCCAACAAAACAUACAAACACCAAUACGCGAACAUUUACUUUGCACGACUACGCAUAUUGAGAGAUUUUGUUCAAAAUGAAGCGCAGAAACGCUGGAAAGAUAUUGCUGGGUCUCCAAAGCUCGUUCCUCGAGUGCUAGAUGUGAUCAAAGGACAACUAUGUUUUGUCAUUGGAACUGUGUACCUAGACAUGCCGCUAAAACCAAAUGUUUUGGAAGACAUCGGGAGAGAUCGCUCCAUCCCUGCACCACCUCCAAGAGAAAAAAUCUACUCACCAGAUGACGUUGUCACACUUGAGGACGAGUCUGGCCGCAUUCAGCUUGUCGGUGACCGAUUAAAGAAGGCGCAACUGUUGACAGGGGUGAUUGUAGGAGCAUUAGGGCUGGAAACAAGUGGCGGUGAAUUUGAAGUCAUAGAUCUGUGUUUUGCUGAGAUGCCCCCUCAACACGAAGGUGAAAGGUUAGAGCAAGAUGAGAUGGACAUAGACGAAAAAUCUUCAGCGGUAUCACAGUCCCCGGAGGAUUUUGUCGCAUUUGUGUCUGGUCUGGACAUAGGCUCACACACUCCAUCGGAUGCACAGAUACAGAUGCUCGUGGAAUAUCUCACAGGAGAGAGUGGUGGGCUGGGUGAUCAAAUUUCAGCCUCUCAGAUUACGCGGCUUGUUGUUCUUGGUAACUCACUCGCACCAAUCGGAGCUACAGGCACAACGGAUGACGGAGAAAAAGAAACCGAGAAAAGGCCUCGCCGAUACGGAUAUGACUCUGCCUCUUUCUCCCCACACCCAAUCCUCCACCUCUCCUCGCACCUCCAUGACCUUGCAUCAUCAAUGCCCGUCCAUCUUCUUCCAGGGGCCUCCGACCCCUCAGGCACUAUCCUACCACAACAAAGCUUCCCUCGGGCUAUGUUCGGAGCUGCAUCUACUUAUGCCACUUUCACCUGCGAGACAAAUCCUACGUAUAUACACCUUGCUUCGAGGGCUCAAGACUCUUUGGAAGACUUGAAGAAAGCAGGACAACCUCUUCCGCGCAGCCGCCUGAUUCUGGCUACAUCUGGACAGCCAUUAAACGACAUGUUCAAAUACUUACCGAGUCCACCGGUCACGCGAUUAAGCAUUGCAGAAUCGACCUUGCGAUGGCGACACGUCGCUCCGACGGCACCAGACACACUCUGGUGUCAUCCAUAUUUCACCACAGAUCCGUUCAUUCUUACCGAAACGCCCGACGUCUACGCCAUCGGUUGCCAGCCACGAUUUUCGACGCGACUCGUCAAACAGAACUCACAGAAGUGUAGAAUUAUUCUCGUCCCAGGAUUCGCGGAGACAGGAGUGCUGGUGCUGGUAAGCUUGAAGACGCUUGAUACGAGGAUCGUCAAAUUUUCUGUUGAGGGCAUGAAUCUUGGCAUCUCAUCAGAGAACCAAUAACUAAGUUUUCAGGUUUAUUCUUUAAUGAUCAGCUAUUCUUUGAGUGGCGACAUCGAUCAUUGGAACCGGACCAAGUGCGUUACAGAGUCCCGGCUGAUCAUUUGUUGUUGUCUAGUGC